CGCGUGCGCAGUUCCCCGGUCCGGCGCCAGUCAUGAGCAUCCUGGAGCAGGAGUGCUGGGCAUUGGCGGUAGCCGAGUCCGCGCUCGAAUUCGAACACCGGCUGCCCGUGGUCGGCGCCGUGCUGGUCCGUCGCACGCGUUCGCCCCGCGUCGAGUUCACGCUCCGCGGACGUCUCGAACUGAUAUCCAGCCCAGGGUACAAGAUCCGCUUGCAGGGACUCCAGAUGGCCAGGAUGACCAUAGCAAUCAUCCACCGGUCGGUCACCAAGACCAUUCGGCGCUGGCGCACCAGAGGUGCCGUCGUAGUCUCUUCGCUUUUGACGGAGCGCUCUUCUGCUGAGCCCUUGGUGGAGGUUCGGCGAGGGUCGGUUCCGCCCCCGCUGUCGGCACGACGCGGCUGGCUGCAGCAGCUCAGCUUCGGGAGCAUCGUCAUCACCAAGCCAGAGGAAGACCGCAUCUACACGAUGACUGACGCAACUCCAUGGACUCCGCUCCUGUCAUUGUGCACGGAACCCAAGCCGAUCGAAUUCCAGCAGAUCAUUCCAAAUAACUCCAAGGUGGCAGCCGUCAGCUGUAAUGACAGUGACCGCGAGCUGUUCUGCCUUGGUAGUUGCCCAGCCGAGGAGAGGCUGGUGCGCGUGCUCCGUCUGCGCCAACAGGACGUUCGCUGGCACACCACCCGACUCACCCUGGCACGCGAGAUUUGCGGCCUCAUGGAUAACGCCCAGAACCGGACAUCGGCAUUCUUCCUGGACGCCAGAACCAACCUGGUCCAUGACACGCAUCCGAUGUUGCUAUGGGACGCACGCCAUUCACACCGUGAAGGCCCAGUCGCAGGAGACACCACACCACCCGAAGACCUGCAAAAGCCUGAACACUACCUGGUGACCGAGAUGCAGCCUGGCUGGCGUCCGCUGACCUCUACAAGGUGA